AUGUCUUACGAAUAUCAUCUCGCGCUUGCGGAGACGGAUGUAAGCUCGAGGAACUUCCGUAAUUUGAUUGAUGCCGCUGUUAUGCUAUACGAAGAAGAACACCGUAAGAAAGGAAAAUCCAAAUGCCACACGAAGACAACUCCCUCUGAAGAAGAAGGAGAAGCAGAAAGUGACAAGAUGAGUUUCUUAUAUAACUUCCGGAGAAAAAGAAGGUCUUCGGUUGCUUCUAGUAGAAGAAACCCAGAACAAAACCAUGAAAAUCUUAAUGGUGCUUCUACUUCUUCAUCGCUCGUCGAGCUUAACACGAUCUCCGUUGAUUCUAACCCACCUCUUCAGUGGUUUCCUUUUUCUUCAUCAUCAUCAUCGCUUCUUUAA